GUAUGCUAUACGCUGUUGGCUCUACGAUGCUUCACGUAUGUCCGUCACUGUCUUUAUUCUCAUCUUGAGCUCUCAGCGACACAUCGGCAUCAGAGCAGCCUGCUACUGUCUGAGGCAAAGGACUCUGUCCUACAUCUCGCCUUACGAUGAUUGCUGCGGCGUUUUUGGUCCUGUUGAGGCCGUAUAGCAUUCAAUGUGUGCUGCUGCUGCUGUUGCUAUUGCUCGGGACUAUAGCGACAAUUCUGUUCUUCUGCUGCUGGCAUCGCAAGCUUCGGAAUGGACAACAUCCAAUAAAAUCAGUGCUGUCCGGACGCUCCAGGAGCCGCGUGGGCCUCCGAACACAUCAUUUUCGAUCAGAGGGCUUCAGGCACAGUCCACGUCACGCCAGAAGGAGCAUACAUGCUCGAGUGACAGAGGAAAAGCCUAAUCUGGUUGAGAUUCCUGAGAGUGAACCAGAAUCAUCCUCGACUCUAAGAAAACGCAAAGUAAAGAAGAGGGUCCUGCCAGAGUUUUACCAGUCUGUACAAGUCACCCCCACACGCAGACCUAGCUCCAGUUCGGGGAACCCUUCCCUUCACUGCUCCAUGUCUUCCUCGGCGGAUAUUUCAGACGAGGAUGACUACAGUGUUAAAUCCGGGUCAGCAUCACCUGCUCCCGGGGACACUUUACCCUGGAACCUGCCCAGACAUGAGAGGUCCAAGAGGAAGAUUCAGGGGGGAUCUGUGCUGGAUCCGGCGGAGAGAGCCGUGCUCAGGAUCGCAGAUGAAAGAGACAGAGUGCAGAAAAAGACAUUUACCAAAUGGAUAAACCAGCAUCUCCUGAAGGUACGAAAGCAUAUAAAUGACCUCUAUGAAGACUUACGAGAUGGACAUAACCUGAUCUCGCUCCUGGAGGUUUUGUCUGGAGACACGUUGCCUCGGGAGAGAGGGAGGAUGCGCUUCCACAGACUCCAGAAUGUACAAAUAGCACUGGAUUAUUUAAAGAGACGGCAGGUCAAACUUGUAAAUAUCAGGAAUGAUGACAUCACAGAUGGCAACCCGAAACUGACCCUGGGAUUGAUCUGGACCAUAAUUCUGCACUUUCAGAUCUCGGAGAUCCAUGUGACAGGAGAGUCCCAAGACAUGACAGCCAAAGAGAGGCUACUCUUCUGGACCAGGCAAAUGACAGAGGGCUACGUUGGCGUACGAUGUGACAACUUCACAACCUCGUGGAGGGAUGGGAGGCUAUUCAACGCCAUUAUACAUAAAUACAGGCCAGACCUGAUUGACAUGAGCUAUGUGUCGACACAGCCCAACCGAUCAAAUUUAGAGAACGCGUUUUGUGUAGCUGAACAGCUGGGGGUUGCCAGAUUGCUGGAUCCCGAAGAUGUGGACGUUCAGGCACCCGAUGAAAAGUCAGUAAUCACAUACGUGUCGACACUGUAUGACGCUUUCCCCAAAGUACCUGACGGCGUUGAUGGAAUCAGUCCCAUUGAUGUUGAUAUCAAAUGGGUGGAGUACCAGAACAUGAUCAAAUACCUCAGCCAGUGGAUCAAACACAAUGUGGCCAUAAUGACAGACAGAUCAUUCCCCAACAACCCUGUGGAACUAAAGGCACUUUAUACACAGUAUCUGCAUUUUAAAGAAAAUGAAAUCCCUGUGAAAGAGAACGAGAAGACAAAAAUCAAGAAUCUCUAUAAAAUGCUUGAGAUGUGGAUCGAGUUUGGACGUAUUCAGUUACCCCAGGGUCAUCACCCAAAUGAUGUUGAGAAGGAAUGGGGGAAAUUAAUAGUUGCUAUGCUGGAAAGAGAGAAGAGCCUGAGGCCUGAGGUGGAACGGCUUGAGAUGUUGCAGCAGAUUGCCAACAGGGUCCAACGGGACUGUGUAAACGGAGAGGACAAGCUGGCGUUGGCAAGAAUCGCCCUGCAGUCUGAUGCAAAACGUCUUGAGUCUGGUAUCCAGUUUCUAAAUGAAGCUGAGAUUGCUGGCUACCUCUUGGAGUGUGAGAAUAUCCUCAGACAGCAAGUGGUGGACAUCCAAAUUCUUCUGGAUGGGAAAUUCCCCUUUGCGGAUCAACUUGUCCAAAGGGUAUCACAACUCCGAGAUGACCUGCUCUCCCUGAGGUCGGAGUGUUCUUCCGUGUACAGCAAAGGACACACGCUCACGACAGAACAAACCAAAAGGAUGAUUUCAGGCAUCACACAAAGCCUGAACUCUGGCUUCUCUCAGAACAUCAACUCAAGCCUGACACCAGAUCUCACCCCGGGGGGUUUAGGUACCCCUGGCUCCACAUUCACCUCCAGCCUUACACCGGGCAUGACCCCUUCCUUCAGCCCUGCAAUGACCCCCGGCCUGCAGCCCGCUUCAGUCCAGGGCUUCAUGGGGAGUGGUGGUGGUGGCAUGGACCCUGGCAGCCUCAGGCAAUUGAAACACAUGCAGAUCCGCAAGCCCUUACAGAAAUCCUCCCUGGCAGACCCCAACAUGACGGAAGAGGAGGUCAACAUGAAAUUUGUUCAGGACCUCCUGAGCUGGGUGGAAGAGAUGCAGUUGCAGCUUGAUCGUUCAGAGUGGGGAUCUGAUUUGCCAAGUGUGGAACUGCAUUUAGACAACCACAAAAGUGUUCACAGAGCCAUUGAAGAAUUUCAAAUGAGUCUUAAAGAGGCCAAACUGAGUGAGAUUCAGAUGCAGAUCCCCCUGAAAAUAAUUUAUUCGGACAAACUGAACAAACUAGAAAAGCAGUAUGAAAGGCUACUGAACAACUCCAGAGAGCGACAGAGCCACCUGGAGAGCCUGCAAGACUUUGUGUCGAAGGCGACUCAGGAGCUGAUCUGGCUGAACGAGAAGGAGGAGGAGGAAGUAGCCUUUGACUGGAGUGAUCGCAACGGCAGCAUUUCCAAGAAAAGAGACUACCAUGCUGACCUGAUGAGGGAGCUGGAUGAAAAGGAGGAAGUGAUCAAGUCUGUGCAGGACAAGGCAGAACGCCUUAUGCACAAGAACCACCCAGCCAGGCUGACUAUUGAAGCGUACAGGGCUGCCAUGCAGACUCAGUGGAGUUGGAUCUUACAGCUCUGCUCAUGUGUAGAACAGCAUCUCAAGGAGAAUGCUGUUUAUUUCGAGUUUUUCAGUGACGCCAAAGAGUCCAUGGACUACCUAAAGAGCCUGCAGGAGGCCAUUCAGAGAAAAUACAGCUGUGAUCGAACAAGCAGCUUACACAGACUGGAGGAUCUCAUUCAGGAGUCCAUGGAUGAGAAAGAGCAGCUUCUUCAGUACCGCAGCACUGUCGCUGGGUUGGUGGGCAGGGCCAAGAAUAUCGUGCAGCUCAGGCCCAGGAACCCAGAGAGCCCCGUGAGAUCCUCCAUCCCUGUGAAGGCCAUCUGUGAUUAUCGUCAGAUAGAGAUUACCAUUUAUAAAGACGACGAGUGCGUGUUGGCCAGUAACUCUCACAGAGCCAAGUGGAAAGUCAUCAACCCCGCAGGGAACGAGGCCAUGGUGCCCUCCGUCUGCUUCACCGUGCCUCCACCCAACAAAGAGGCUGUUGACAUGGCAACCAGAACGGAGCAGUUAUACCAGAAUGUGCUGGCAUUGUGGUCCCACUCACACAUCAACAUGAAGAGUGUGGUAUCUUGGUAUUAUCUAAUGGCUGAUGUACGAGCCAUCCGCAACUGGAAUGUGGCCUCAAUAAAGACCAUGUUACAGGGUGAGCAUCAGCAGGUUUUGAGCAACCUGCAGUCCCACUUCGACGAGUUCCUGGAAGACAGCGAGGAGUCCGAGGUCUUUACUGUGGCAGACUGUUCCCAGCUAGAGAGAGACGUUGCCGCCUGCAAGGAGUACUACCAGGAAUUACUCAGAUCAGCAGAAAGAGAGGAACACGAGGAGUCGGUGUACAAUCAUUACAUCUCAGAAAUACGCAACUUCCGGAUGCAUCUGGAGGCCCACGAGGAACACCUGAUCAGGCAGCUCCGCACCCCGCUGGAGAGAGACGACCUCGAACAGAGCCUGCAGCGCAUCACAGAACAUGAGCAAAAGACAGCGGAGAUGAACCGAAUGAAGGAGGACUUUGACGUUAUGAAGGAGAAGUGUGAGCUGUUCCUCAGACAGGCUGCAGGUUUUCCUUCUGUUCCAACACUUUCCUCUGAACUCACCGUCCUCAUUCAGAGCAUGAGCCAAGUGUACUCCAUGUCUUCCAUCUAUAUGGACAAACUGAAAACAGUGAGCUUAGUGGUGAGGCACAGCCAGAGUGCAGAGGCUCUUGUUAAGUCCUUUGAAUCCAAACUCUAUGAGGAAGACGCUAUGAACUCUGACGUCAAAUCCAUCGAGACAGUCAUUUCAACACUAAAGCAAUGGCGGUCAGAGAUUGAUGAAAAGCAGGAAGUGUUCCAUGAUAUGGAGGAUGAGCUGCAGAAAGCACGAGUCAUCAGUGACCGCAUGUUCAAAGCACACAACGAGCGGGACUUUGACUUUGACUGGCACAAGGAGAAAGCUGAUCAGCUGAGCGAGAGAUGGCAGAACAUUCACUCCCAGAUUGAUAGCAGGCUUCGGGACCUGGAUGGUAUCGGCAAGUCUCUGAAACACUACAGAGACUCUCACAGUAUUCUGGAUGAAUGGGUUAGAGAAAUGGAAGCUGAACAACUCAACGCCCAAGAAAACAAACCUGAAGAUAGCAAGGCACUGGCUGAGCUGUUAAACAAACAGAAGGUCCUUGUUGCUGAAAUUGAACAAAAACAGGGCAGAAUUGACGAGUGUCAGAAGUACUCAGAGCAGUACUCAUCUUCCAUUAAGGAUUAUGAACUUCAGCUGAUGACGUUCAGAGCGAUGGUCGACUCCCAACAUAAGUCUCCUCUCAAGAAACGGAAGAUGCAGAGCUGUGCGGAUGCCAUUCAACAGGAGUUUAUGGACCUCAGAACCCGCUACACUGCUCUUGUGACUCUCAUGACACAGUAUGUGAAGUUUGCCAGUGAAACCUUGAAGAGAACUGAAGACGAAGAGAGAUCUGUUGAUGAGGAGAACAGAGAGCAUGGUGAUAAAGUUAGCAAACUGUUGCACUGGAUGUCCAAUGUGAAACAGACCACGAACAAUGAUGGGAAUGCUCUGAAAGAUAGCAAUGCCAACACAGACGCUUCUAAUAAGCCCCAGGUUUCAGUUGAGGAGAUGGUCACUAAGAAGGAACAAAUUGCAGAGGCAUUGAGGGCCACGCAAAUGAUGCUGAACAAACACAGUGACAAAAUGAGCGAGGACGAAAGAGAAAAGGCCCAGGAGCAGCUGAAGGCGCUCAAUCAGGCCUACAGUGAACUCUCCCAGCAUUGUUCAGAUCAGACUACGACUGCAGAAGAGGUUUCAAAAUCCAAUGUUGCAGGGCUUGGGACAGAACCCAUGAGUGGCCUGAUCGGUGAAAUACCAGGGGCCCAACCUAUGACCCCUGACCUCUUUCAGUCUGAAACUCACGAUCUCGACUAUAAAUCCACCCUGAACCACUUUCAACAGUUAAACGAGGAUAACAAGUGCGUACAGAGCUCACAUGUCCCUUCUGUGUCGCUUUCUGACAUUGCAGCAGCCAGGGAAGGGGCGACAUGUGAAGACCCGAUUAUCAAACUGAUAGAAGUCAAAGAAGUCAGUGAUGGGUUGAAUGUGUGCUACUCAGGGGACACGCUGACCCUGGAGAGGGCUUUUCAGGGUGGUGUAAUACCUGCUUCCGUCUAUGUAGACAUUCUUCAGAGGCAAAACACCAGUCAGAAUAUGGAAGACACCAGUGAAGAUGUGUCACUCCUAGAGCCUUUGCACAAGGUCAACAGACUGAUAUUAAAGUGCCUCAGCAGUAAAAAAUCACUGACAUCAGGGAGAGAUAUUAACACUUUGAGGUUGUUUUGUGAUGGUGUAAGUAAUCAGGAGAUGACAGAGGAUGUUGUGAGUGAUAAGUUAAAGGUGGAUGCAGCGGUUCAGUGUGAUUUGAUGAGAUCUAGCAGCACUCUCAUUGUGCUUGAAAAUCAGGAGUACUUUAUUGGACUCGUGUUGCCUCCCUCGGGGGAAAUCCAAACUGUGACAACAUCCUUCCAGUAUGAUCAACAAAUGACCACUGAGGAGUUUACCAGCUCACUGUUGGCUAAUCGGGGAAAGAUAGCAGCUUUUUACAUUCCAGAAAUAUCCGAGGUGGUGGACAUCGCCUCUGCCAUACAGAAGGAUUUGAUUGACACUUACACAGCAGAGAUUUUGAAAACUAUAGAAAUUCCUGAUGUGUUACCUGAUCACCUUAACGACAAGUUUUCAUCUUGGCUCAUGUACAGGAAACUCACAGUUGAUGGAUGCGUUCAUGCUGCAGAUUGCUUGGAAGUUGAUAACAUCCCUACACAAACAGAGGCAAAGCAGUUAUUCAUCUCCUACCUGUUGUUGAACAGCUACAACGAUCCAGAGUCAGGACAGAGGGUGUUGAUACUCGAUAGACAGCUGAGUAAAAUGGUUAAAAUCUAUCUUGAAGAUUUUAUAUUGUUCGAGAACACUGAGAAAAAUGUAACUUGUCUGAAUUUGAAUGUAGGAGAUCUUUCAGAAAAGGAAGAUUUAGAGAUACCUCUGCACAUAAAUGAGGAAACAGAGGAGAAAUACACGCUGCACACAUUUGAUCCUCAUUAUUCAGUCAAUGGAACAAUUAGCUUUGAAGAAAAAGCAUAUCUAAAUGACGAGGCUCUAAAAGAGGAACAUUUAUUAGAUGAUGCUGCUGACACCACAGUGCUUUGUGUGGUGGAGGAAACCAUGUGUCAAAACAACACAAAUCGGACACAGGGGGAAGAAUUUGAAGAUAGAAAUCCUGAAAAUAGUUUCAAAAAUGGAAUUGGAGGGGCUGAUAGUGAAGGUCUUGAUACCCCAACUAUUCCAGCCCUUCAAACUUUACACUCUGUGAACAGAACAAAUGUCGCCUCCCCAUCGAGGAUGUUAGACUCUGAGUGUUCAGUGACAUCCCACGGACAAACACUUCCAUACUACGACGCAGAGUCAGAAGGUACAGACAUAACCAAAGAUGAGUUUUCAAGCUCUGAGGACAUGUUGGAUGAUGAAAAUGAGCAAGACUAUGCUAUUCAUGUUCUGAAGGAAGGAGGCAUUUUAGAUGUACACUUAGGGAGCCGUUAUGACCUGGAGGCGGUAUUACUUGGAAUACAACCAGAGGAUAACGAAAGUGCUGUAGAAGAUGAGGAUGACACACUAUCUGUUUUAAAACAGCCUGUGGAUGAUGAAUCCACAUCCUCAAAUAUCCAUUUAAUGGAACAGCAGAGCCCAUUAAGGGCUGGUUGCACCAUUAGUAUCAGUGAGUCAGUGGAGUCUGGAUUAUUCGUAGCUGAUUUAAACCCUGAGGCCAGCAUUUAUCCACAGGAACACUGCACUACCUCUAUCUCUGAUGAUCAUUGUCUGCAUGUUAUUAAUAAUACUGAAGCUGAAAACACACAGACUGAGAGGAGAGUUUCUGUCAUGGUGCUUGAUCUCAUCCAAGAGGAAGGUGAUAAAGAGAAGGAAAGUAGAAAUGCAGAUUCAGAGGUGGAUUGGGAGAAAACAGGAAGUGUAGGAGAGAUGAGUGAUUAUCCGCAUCAUUCCCCUCCCUCAGUUGGCGGACAGGAGUCCCUGAUGAUCUCACCCGCCUCGUGGAGUCAGGUUUCCGCAGAGUGUUUCCAUCCUACAGACAAUUCACUUUUCCCGGCUGAAGCCAGUGACUCACCGGGUGUGAUCGAUAACCAGCAGACAGAUAUGGAUGUUGUGAGAGAAAAAGCUGCUCCAACUACCCAGUCAUCUAGUGUGAGUGACAUCAUCACUGAUCCAGAAAGCCACACUCAUUACGCAACUUCAAUUAAUCAUGAAUCUGACGGCUCACCCGUUGAUAAUGAUUAUUUAAUUACCAGAAAUGAAGUAGGAGAUCAGACAGUUAGUGAGAGUGACUUGGACAUGUGCUCAUCACACAGCGAUGUGUUGUGUGAGGGAAGUAGAGCGGAGAAUGAAACAAUCUCAGUCCGGUCACAUUUGGACGGGCAAACACUGAGCAUAGAUUACUCAUCACAAAGAGAUUUGGCUGAAAGUGUAAUCAUGUCGGAGUUCAGUGGUAAUUGUAGCUAUGACAACAACAUUACAGAAGAUGGCAGCAGAAUUACAUUACCUCAGCGAGCAGCGCUUUGUUCAGAGCGUGAUUUUAGUGUUGGAUUGGAGCCCAGCUGCUCUGAAAAUGAUCAGAGAUCUUCACAGCUGCACGUUGUUUCCGAUGAACUCACCACAACAAAUGCUGUUAAUCUAAAGUGUUUCAAUGUUGAAGAUUCCGAGCACUACGCUCUCACUACAGACAGAGUUUCACUUGAAGCAGCACUGGUGGAUGAAGAUAUGUCACAGCACAUACCUGCUGCAGAGGAUGAUGAGUUAGGCACAACACGUGUUUCCCCUGAGAGGCAACAUGAGGACCUUUUCACCAGUGAUACAAAAGAGAUAUCUGUGUCAAGAAAUGAACGGACAGAAAGUGAUUAUGAAAAUGUGGAUAUUGGUGGAAAUGAGUCUGUGUCAGAAAUGAAUCCAGGGCAGUCUAAAAGUAUAAUAAGUGUUUUGUUAGAAUCUGAUAUUCCAGAGAUAGACAGAUUAGAUGUGUUGGCUUCACAGUUGCAUGUUGUUUCCGAUGAACUCACCUCAACCCAUUCUAUUAAUCUAAAGUGUUUCAAUGUUGAAGAUUCGGACCAUUACACUCUAACUACCGACAGAGUUUCUCUUGAAACACCACUGGUGGAUGAAGAUAUGUCACAGCCCAGAACUGCAGAGGAUGAUGAGUUAGGUACACAAUUAUUUUCCCCAGAGGGGCAACAUGAGGACCUUUUCACCAGUGAUACAAAAGAGAUAUCUGUGUCAAGAAAUGCACAAUCAGAAAGUGAUUAUGAAAAUGUGGAUAUUGGUGGAAAUGAGUCUGUGUCAGAAAUGAAUACAGGGCAAUCUAAAAGUAUAAUAAGUGUUUUGUUAGAACAUGAUAUUCCAGAGGUAGACAGAUUAGAUGUGUUGGCUUCAGAGCGUCCCCAGGUAGAUGCUGACUUCCUAUCAGAAAGCCAUGUUACAUCUGAUGCUUCCUCUUCAACUCCAUCAGGGUUUCAGGCUGAAAAUGUAGAUGACAAGGGGGACAUUGUUACAAAAGGGACUGAUGUCAGUGAUUUGCAAAAGGCCCAAACUCAAGACGAUGAAAAUAUCGUGACUAAAGCUCAGACAACUCCACCACCUUUAGACGAAAGUGUAUGUCACGAGAGAGACUCGCCUCAUGGACUUAUAGAGAGCAGUCACCCAGACCUGCUCAUGGAUUUACUGAAGCAAAACGCCCUUAGUUUGAACAACAAAGAAGUAGAAAACUCAGAGCUGAUAAUGCAGAAAGAGAAAGUCGGUGAGAAGACAGAAAAUCCGUCUGUCGCUCCAAACAUCCAGAUGCAGCUGCUGCAGGUCCUGAGGACUGUUUCCACCAGCCAAGACCUUUCAAUGCUCCAGGAGGUGAUGGACACUCUCAACAGCACCCUGGGGGGUGACACCCUGGGGGGGGACUCUCAGGAGGAGCGACGGCACACACUAGAGAGCAUCAAGGAGGAGAGCUCAGAGGGGGAAGAGGAGGAGUCAGCAGAUGACGACUCGGGUCUCGGUCGCUCUGCUGCAGGCAAACUGUCCCCUCAGACAUCUGAUGCCUCCAAAGUUGAGGAAGUAAAAAAAAAGCUCUUUUCCGUCCAGGAUUAUUUGGAGUGUGUUGGGAGGCUGCAGGAUCACGCUGAUGUUUUAGAAGAUGUCAGAAAAGACCUUUCAAUCCAGCCACCCGUAGGUAACAACCUGGAAGACCUGCAGAUCCAAAUGGAGGAUUUUCAGUCUCUGAAGUCCCAGUUUUCUCGACUGGCCGGUGUUAUCACAGCAGAUCUGGAAAAAGCCAAGCAGCUCUUAAAUUCAGUUGAUGAGGACAUUCCCUUACAAAUUCACCAAGAUUUGGCCUCGACAUAUCUGGAUUUAGAGCCAAAUUUUACUGCUGUUACCCAAAUGUCUGCCGAAAUGAGUAACUCCCUAACUCAAGCAAUGGAAACUGGAAAGGUACAUUUGGAAUCAACAUACCAGAAACAUAUUAGUUGUCUUGGUGAACUAGCGGGCUUCAUCAAAAACAACUCUGAGAAGUGUGACAUGGAUUCGAAAACAUGUGAUGUGGACACCUUGAAACAUUUGAUUCAACAGAACAAAGACACAGAGAGCAGUCUGCUUAAAGAAGUCAGGCUCAAGUUGGAAGAUGUUACAUUUGAUAUCCAGUGCUUUAUUUCUGAGCAUGCUCAGUUUCUGAGUCCAAUUCAGAGCAGCCACCUCCUAAAGUUCCUCAGCUCCACGCAGCGGUCGUUCAGGGACCAGACGGAGAGACUGGGUACCCAGAGGAGCGCCCUAAAUGUCCUACUGGACACCAGGGAGAGGGAGAGCCAGGAGAAGUCUUUAUUGGAGAAACAAAAGGAGUUUGCAGAGAAGUUGGAGGAAGUGUGUGAUAAUCUCACCCUGACAGAAAACCAGCUGAUUGGUCAUCGACAAGAGGCUGAAAACACUGAGUGUGUCACAGACCUGCAGCAGUACCAGCAGGAGCACCAGGCUCUGCAAAAAGAAGUGUUGACUAAUGCCAGCGCCUUAAAUGAAGUCAUCACCAGUACCAAAAAGUUCCUGGAGGAAAACCGGAGCAAGCUGACCCCAGAUCAAAUUGCAAGCAUUGAAAGCAAGCUGGAAGAGGCUAAGAGCAAAGACAAGCUCAUCAACCAGAGGGCGGAGGAGUCCAGGAAAGAUCUGGAGAAGGUGGUGACCACUGCCAUAAAACAGGAGAGUGAAAAGGCAGCAGCUGUUGAGCGACUUGAAGAAAGUAAGAACAAAAUUGAAGGACUUCUGGACUGGAUAUCCAACAUAGGCAAUGAAAACGAGAGCAACCUGGAUAAAGACGACCAUAUAAGUAAAGAGAAUGGAAAUCUGCCAGAAGAAACUUCAGCCACGAAACUGAUAGCAGAGGAUGACGAUGCCAAUGGAAACGUUUCACACACCACUGAGAAUGAUUCUGGCAGAGAGACCAGCGGGAAGAGCGAUGCCUCCCUGGACCUCGAUAAGCAGUAUGACAGGGUCAAGGCCCGUCAUCAGGAGAUCCUGUCCCAGCAGCAGGAUCUGAUCAUGGCCACACAGUCAGCUCAGGCUCUGCUCGACAAGCAGGCGAACGUGCUGUCUUCAGAGGAGAAGGAGAAACUGCAGAAGAACAUCCAGGAGCUGAAGGGGCGCUACGAUGCCUCGCUGACGCAGGCUGAGCAGCAGAUGAAGCAGGUGCAGUGUGUCCAGGAGGAGCAGAAGAAGUUCCAAGGUGACGUGGAGGAGUUCGUCAGCUGGUUAGACCAGGCGGAGGCAGACGUAGAGAAGCUUGGAGCUCCUGCAGCCUCCCUCAACAUCCUCAACGAUAAACUCCAACGACAGAAAAGCUUCUCAGAAGAUGUGAUUUCCCACAAAGGGGACCUUCGCUUCAUCACCAUGUCAGGACAGAAAGUGCUGGAUGUGGCUAACGCCUGUCGAUUUGAUGACUCUGCAGCCAAGAACGCUCUUUUGGAUGUGGAUACUUCAGGAACCUGCUCUGCGGUUAAGGACAAGUUAGAUUCAGCUGCCACCCGAUACAAAACACUACAUUCCCAGUGCAAUCAGCUUGGCAACAACCUCAAAGAUGUGGUUGAUAAAUACAAGAAGUAUGACGACUCGAGCGCCGGUCUUUUAAAUUGGCUCAACGGCUCAGAGGAUGAAGGGAGAAAGCAGCAGUCAGAAGCCAUAGCAGCCGACCCACAAACGCUACAGAAACAGCUGGAGGACACCAAGGCCCUUCAAGGUCAGAUGACAGGACAUCAGACUGCUGUUGACACACUACGCAAAGCGUCUGAGUGUCUGAUCACUUCUGAAGGAGAUCUGCUGAGCAACUCGGACGAAAUCCAGGAGACAGUAGAUGACAUAGUUGAGCGCUAUGACAACCUGUCCAAGUCUGUGAGUGACCGAAAUGAGAAGCUGCAGAUCACCCUGACUCGCUCCAUGAGUGUCCAGGAUGGUUUGGAUGAGAUGAUGGGAUGGAUGGAGGGAGUGGAGGCCAGCGUGAAGGAGAAAGGACAGAUUCCCCUGGACUCUGCAUCCAUUGGAAAUAUCCUCAGCAAAGAAGCAGCAUUGGAGCAGGACAUAGCAAGUCGCCAGAGCAGCAUCUCAGCCAUGAAAGCUAAGGUGAAGACGUUUGUGGAGACGGCAGAUCCCUCCGCCGCUGCGCUGCUGCAGUCUAAGAUGGACACUCUCUCUCAGCGCUUCACUGAUGCCUGUGACAAGCAUAAGCAAAAAGUUUCCCAGCUGGAGCAGCUGAAGGAAAAGGUGGAGCAGUUUGAGGAGGUCUCAGAGAAAGUCCAGCAGUUUGUCGGGAAGCGUUCACAAGAUCUACACGAGACAGACGGGCCUGGGAAAACUUUCAAUGAACUGUCUCAGCUGACGCAGAACACUAAAGCUGAGAUGGCUGAGCAUGAGAGUGAUUUGGAGACGCUGCAGACUCUGUGCAAGGAGCUGUCUGAAAUAAGCCCUGAUGGAAACAAAGCCCAGAUCCAGAGCAAGAUGGACAAUCUCUCAAAUAUUUUUAACACCUUCAAAGACACUGUGAAAGAAAAGGAAGAGGAGGUGUCUUCCUGUCAGGAUCAGCUAGGAGAGUUCAGAUCUUCAGCUAGCGUUCUCACCAAGUGGCUGGAGCAGACCAAUGAGAAAGUACCAGCGGUUCAGCCGACCAGCAGUGUGAAAAGUCUGGAAAAGGACCUGCAGAUAGUCACCGGAUUAUUAGAUGAGUGGACAUCCAAAGACCCAGCUGUCCAGGACCUGAACAGUAAAGGAUCAGCGCUCUGCAGCCUCAUGUCUUUACUCACAUCCCCCGCCAAGACAAAGACCCCUAACAAGUCAGCUCUUACUAAUGGUGGUGGUCCAGCGAGCCAUUCCUACCUAACCAAUAAAGAGCUGAUGGUAAUUCAGCAGAACAUGUCAUUCGUCAAUGACGGAUACGCAAGCCUCGGGGUAACGCUGAAGAGUCGGGCAGCAGAUCUGAGUAGUUCAGUUCAGGAGGUGAAAGAGGCCAACGAGGAGACGGACAACAUGAUGACAUGGCUGAAGGACAUGAAAAAGACUGCAGCGUCCUGGAACAAAGCAGCCACAGAGAAAGACUCUGUGAGAACACAGCUCGAACAGCAGAAGGCAUUCGAGGAAGGCAUGAAGCAAAAGCAGGAGCAGUUUCAGAAGCUCAGAGAAACGCUCCUUAACUUGAUUAAGACUCAUCCAAACUCCCCUGAGGCGGCACAAUGGAAGCAGAUGCUCGCUGAAAUAGAUGCUGCCUGGGCAGAUAUCAGCGGCACUGUAGAGGAGAGGAAGCAGCACCUGGAGCAGUCCAACAAGAACCUGGACAUCUUCCAAACAACUCAGCUGCAGCUUGGCCAGUGGCUUUCCGAGAAAGAGCUGAUGAUGAGUGUCCUCGGACCCCUCUCCAUCGACCCAAAUAUGCUCAAAAUGCAGAAGCAACAAGUUCAGAUCCUCCAGAACGAAUUUAAGAGUCGCAAACCCCAAUAUGAGAAACUGGAGGAAGCUGCCUCUUCCAUCCUGAGCUCCUCGGGCAACCAGGACCCCUCUGGGGGGAAGCUGGUGAGGGAGCAGCUCUCUGCCGUCACCCAGAAGUGGCAGGGCAUCACGGGACAGCUGGACCAGCGAGACAGCCUCAUCGACCAGGCGGCGGUGAAGACAGGGCAGUUCCAGGAUUUACUGAGGAGUGUCGGUCAGACUGCCACUCAGCUGGAAAAUCAGCUCACCAACCAUCAGGGCCACAGCACCCAGCCAGACGCUGUGAAGAAGCAGUUGGAAGAUGUCCAUAACAUCUCGGCUCAGCUGAGAGAGGAGAGGAAGAAGCUGAAGGAGGCGGAGGCCAUCAACGCAGAGCUCACAGCGAUGGUGACGGAGGACUACCUCAAAACAGACUUGGCCAGACAGCUAGAGAGUGUCAGCAAACCUUUCAAACAGCUGGAAGAGAAAGCAGCGAAACGGAUCGAGCAGCUCAACUCAACCUUUGCCAGCUCUCAGCAGUUCCAUCAGACCUCUAAAGACUUCCAGUCAUGGCUGGGUGAGAAGCUCCAGGAACAGUCUAAGCCGAAGCCCAUCUCUGCCAAGGCGGAAGUCCUGCAACAGGCCCUGGAGGAGCACAGUAAACUCCAGAAAACUCUCGGGGAACAUGACAAAGCUUAUAACACAAUCCACGGGGAAGGAGAGACGCUCCUGCAGAAAAUUGACGGUGCAGAAAAGUUGGCUUUACAAGGGCAGCUGACUACACUGUCAUCCGACUGGGAGGAGGUGAAGAAGAGCUCUGUGGAGCAAGCUGGCAAACUCGAGACCACUCUGCAGAAAUCUCUGAAGUAUCAGGAGCAUGCAGAGAAGCUCAGCUCCUGGAUUCAAGAGUGUGAAGCCAGCGAGGGCCGAGUCAAACUCACUGUUGAUCCGGUUGAUGUGGAGAGCUCCAUUUCUCAGGUGAAGGCUCUCCAGAAAGAUGUGGACAAGCACAGGGGGAUGGUGGAGCAGCUCAACGCGGCCGCUGAUAGUCUUCUUGAGGUGGCCAACGCAGACACUGAAGCAAUCAGAGAGGAGAAGGCUAGCAUUGGCAAAAGAGUGGAUAAUGUAGUGGAAGGUCUACAGAACAAAAGGGAAUCCUUGGAGAAGAUCUCACAUACAGUUAAGGAAUUCAACGACGCCUACAAAGAGGCAAAGGGUCAGCUCGAGGGGGCUCAGAGGCAAGUGGAUUCUUAUGAAUCACAGGGAGUGCAGGCACACAGCAACAAGAACCUGACCAACAUUAAAGCCCAACAUAAGAGUUUAGAGGCAGCGCAGAACCAAGUGGAGCACCUGAAGACGUUGGCCAAGGACCUUGUUGUUGGUGUCCCAGAUGCUGAUGGAGUGACAGACCUCUUACUGCAGGCUGACAGCAUGGAUAAAGACUACAGCUCACUUAACAAGAAACUAGAGGAGACGUGCCAGGUGUUGGAGGGCAAACUGCAGGGAAUUGGGCAGUUCCAAAACCGCAUCCGAGAGAUGUUCACCUCUUUCACGGACCUGGACGACGAACUGGACAGCAUGGCUCCUGUGGAUCUCCACUUGGCCACUCUUAAAGAACAGCAGGACAGCAUUCAGAGCUUCGUGGCGAAGCUGCAAGAGCUGAUGUCCAACACAUCCAACGCUGGAGACAGCUGUAAGAAGAUGAUGGAGACUGAAAGCUCGCCCGACCUGUUGGGCCUGAAGAGAGAUCUGGAUGCUCUGAGUAAGCAGUGUGGCAAGCUGCUGGACAGGGCCAAAGGUCGAGAGGUGCAGGUGCAGAGCACGCUCACCAAACUGGAGGAGCUGUACGGGAAACUCCACCAAGCAGACAGUAAACUGAGCGGUGCUGUGGGCAAGGAGGCGGCCCAGGAGGCGGUCGGCAUGGAGACGGAUGGCAUCAACCAACAGCUGGAGGCCUUUAAGGCUUUCCAGAAAGACGACAUUGAUCCGUUGCAGACGCAGCUUCAGGACAUCAGCUCUCUCGGCCACAGCCUGAUACAAAACGCUGCUAAAGGCACGAGCACCAAGAAGCUUGAGGAUGACCUGGAUGGAGUCAACACAAAGUGGAAUACCCUCAAUAAAAAGAUCGCUGAACGUUCAGCCCAGCUGCAUGAAGCCCUGCUGCAUUGCGGGAGGUUCCAGGAUGCCCUGGAAUCACUGCUCAGCUGGUUAACCGACACAGAAGAGCUUAUGGCCAAUCAGAAACCUCCAUCUGCAGAAUUCAAAGUGGUCAAGGCACAGAUACAAGAGCAGAAACUCCUACAGAGACUGCUGGAUGACAGGAAACCAACAGUGGAGCUGAUAAAGAAAGAGGGAGAGAAGGUUGCACAACUGGCAGAGUCUGUGGAUAAAGAAAAGGUUGGAAAGGAGAUCGAAUGCCUUGCACAGCGGUGGGACAGUCUGCUCAAGAAGGCUGAAAACAGGCAAAAGCAACUGGAGAGCAUCUUAGUGGUCACUCAGCAGUUCCACGAGACGCUGGAGCCCCUGAGCGAGUGGCUGGCGGCUACAGAGAAACACCUAGCCAACUCCGAACCCAUCGGCACUGAGACGUCUAGGCUGGAAGACCAAAUAUCCCAGCAUAAGGCCUUAGAGGAGGAGAUUAUGAAUCACAGUAAAGACCUGUUACAGGCCAUCAGUCUGGGUCAGAUGCUCAAAGCUGUUAGCUCAGUGGAGGAAAAGGAGUUUGUUCAGUCCAAACUGGACUCCACUCAGUCCGGUUACAUAGAGCUCCAGGAGCGAUGCAGGAGGAGGGCUGAGAUGCUGCAGCAGGCUCUGGCCAACGCCCAGGUGUUCGGAGAGGACGAGGUGGCUCUCAUGAACUGGCUGAAUGAGGCACACGGGAGGCUGAGCGAUGUGUCCGCGGAGGACUACAAAGUAGAUGUUCUUGAAAAGCAGCUGGCAGAACAACGGGCCCUACAAAGUGAAAUUGAGUUGAGGAAGAAGAAUGUUGACCAAGCCAUCGCUAACGGGAUGGAGCUUCUGAAGCAAACAACAGGUGAUGAGGUGGUGGUGAUCCAAGGCAAACUGGAUGGAAUAAAAACAAAGUAUGCUGAGAUCAACUCAAUGAGUGACAGCGUUUUGAAGACAUUGGAGCGCGUUUCGAGUCUCUCUGCUAAGCUGCAGAACACCCAUGAGGACUUGAGCUCCUGGCUGGAGAAGGUAGAGGCUGAGGUCAGCGCUUUUGCUGAUGAGGAGCCCGUGGGCGAGCAGCUCAUUCAUGCACAAAUAAGGCAGAAGGCCUUGUUGAAUGAGAGCAAAGACCAGAAACCUGUGAUGGACAAGGUGAAUGAGUUGAGCAGCUCUCUACUGGAUCUGAUCCCCUGGCACACCCGAGAGGCUCUGAACAAGUUGGUGACUGAGGACAAUGAGCGGUACAGAGGCGUCUGCGACACCGUCACCCAGCAGAUGGACCAGAUCAAUGCUCAGAUACUCAAGUCACAGCAGUUUGAACAGGCGGCUGACACUGAGCUCUCCUGGCUGACCGAAGCUGAGGGGAAGUUGCUGUCGAUGGGCGAGAUUAGGCUGGAGCAGGACCAAACCACAGCCCAGCUCCAAGCACAGAAGAUCUUCUCCAUGGACAUCAUGAGGCACAAGGAUGCAGUGGAUGAUAUUGUGAAAACAGGAAAGGCCAUCAUGAACAGUAAAAACCCAGAGGAGAAAGACAUCUUGAAGGCAAGGACCCAGACUCUGUUGGAGAAGUACGGCACCGUCAGUCAGCUGAACUCGGAGCGCCUUCUUCAGAUGGAGCGCGCCCAAUCUCUGGCAAGUCAGUUCUGGGAGACCUAUGAGGAGAUGUGGCCUUGGCUUCAGGAAACUGUCAGCGCCUUCAGCAAGCUGCCUCGACCCUCCAUCGAGUAUGAAACGCUCAGGCAGCAGCAAGAGGAGCUCAGGCAAAUGAGAGAGCUGAUUUCUGAACAUAAGCCCCACAUCGACAAGAUGAAUAAGACAGGACCUCAGCUUCUUGAACUUAGCCCGGUGGAGGGAGUGCCCAUCAGAGAGAAGUACACAGCGACUGACAAACUUUACACCAAACUCAAGGCUGACGUCAAGGAGAGAGCGGCGGCUCUGGAUGAAGCCACCUCCAAAUCAACCCAGUUCCAUGAUAAAAUAGAACCGAUGUUGGAAUCCCUGGAACGGAUCGCCGAGCGCCUGCGGCAGCCUCCAUCCAUCUCAGUGGAGGUGGAAAAGAUCAGAGAGCAGAUUACGGAAAAUAAAGCUGUCUCUGUGGAUUUGGAGAAACUGCAGCCCUCUUAUGACACACUGAAGCAGCGUGGCGAGGAGAUGAUUGCAAGAUCUGAAGGAGCAGAUAAGGAUAUCUCUGCCAAAGUUGUACAAGACAAACUGGACCAGAUGGUGUUCCUCUGGAGCGACAUCCAGGCUCUACUGGAGGAGCGGGAGAUCAAGCUGCUGGAUGUGAUGGACCUGGCCGACAAGUUCUGGUGCGACCACUGCGCUCUCAUCGCCACCAUCAAAGACAGCCAGGACCUGCUGCGAGAGCUGGAGGAGCCCGGGGUCGAUCCCUCUGUCGUCAAACAGCAGCAGGAGUUUGUGGAGGGAUUUAAAGAGGAGAUCGAUGGGCUGCAAGAGGAGCUUGAAGUGGUUCGAGCACAGGGUGAAGAGCUCAUGACUGCCUGCGGGGAACCUGAUAAACCUGUGAUAAAGAAAAGUCUUGAUGAGGUGAACUCAGCGUGGGAAAAUCUGAAUAAGUCUUGGAAGGAGAGAGUAGAGAGGCUGGAAGAAGCCAUGCAGGCUGCCGUGCAGUUUCAGGACGGCCUGCAGGGUAUGUUUGACUGGGUGGAUAUUCUGGAGGGCAAACUGGAUUCAAUGUCACCCGUCGGCACAGACCUGGAAACUGUCAAGCAGCAGAUUGUAGAGCACAAGGAGUUCAAAGGAGAAGCGUACCAGCUGCAGAUUGAGAUGGAGCGCCUGAACCACCAGGCCGGUCUCCUGCUGAAGAAGGUGACGGAGGAGGCCGACCGAUUGGCCAUCCAGGAGCCAAUGUCUGAGCUCAAAAUGCUCUGGGACAACCUCGACGAGAAGAUCAUCAGCCGACAGCACAAACUGGAGGGAGGCCUGCUGGCUCUGGGUCAGUUCCAGCAUGCACUGGACGAGCUGCUGGCCUGGAUGAGCCACACCGAGGAGCUGCUCAGUGACCAGAGGAAGACUGGAGGAGACCCCAAAGCCGUGGAGAUCGAGCUCGCCAAGCAUCAUGUUCUACAGAAUGAUGUGUCUGCUCACAAGGCGACGGUCGAGACGGUCAAUAAGGCCGGUAAAGACCUGGUGGAGUUGAGCGCUGGAGAGGAAGCUUCUAGCCUGCAGAGCAAACUGGAGAACCUGAACCAGCGGUGGGAAGAAAUCCUGGAGAAGACGGAUCAGAGGAAGCUACAACUCAAGAGCGCUCUGCUUCAGGCCCAAGGUUUCCAUGGUGAGAUAGAAGAUAUGCAGCAAUGGCUGAAAGACACAGAACGUCAGCUGUUGGCAUCAAAGGCUGUGGGAGGCUUACCAGACACGGCCCGGGAGCAGCUUAACGCCCAUCUGGAGUUGUGUUCUGCCUUGGAGGUGAAGGAGGAUCUGUAUCAGGAGUUGAUGAACAAGGGUCAACAGCUGCUUGCCAUAACACCCGAGGGUCCGGACAGCAACACAGAACAGGACCUCGCCAACCUAAAGGACAAAUGGGACGCCGUGCAGGGGAAGGUCGCUGAGAGAAAGGUGAAACUAGAGGAAGCCUUGACGCUGGCCACGGAUUUCCAUAACUCUCUGCAAGACUUCAUCAACUGGCUCACCCAGGCCGAGCAGACACUGAACAUGGUUUCCUCCGCCUCCCUCAUCAUGGACACCAUCAUGUUUCAGAUUGAUGAGCAUAAGAUGUUUGUGACAGAGGUGAACUCCCACAGGGAACACAUAAUUGAACUGGACAAGACAGGAACACACCUGAAGUACUUCAGCCAGAAACAGGAUGUGGUGCUGAUCAAGAAUCUGCUGCUGAGCGUGCAGGGCCGCUGGGAGAAGCUGGUACAGCGGUCUGUGGAGCGAGGCCGCCUGCUGGACGACGCCAGGAAGAGGGCCAAACAGUUCCAUGAGACGUGGAAUAAACUGAUGGAGUGGCUCGACGAAUCUGAGAAGACUUUGGACUCAGAAGUGGAAAUUGCAAACGAUCCAGACAAAAUUAAGACGCAGCUGGCGCAGCACAAGGAGUUCCAAAAAGCUGUUGGCAGCAAACACUCAGUGUACGACACCACCACUCGGACAGGACGGGCCCUGAAAGACAAGACCUCCCUGCAAGAUGACAACCAGAAGCUGGAUGACAUGCUGAGUGAGCUGAGGGACAAAUGGGACACUGUUUGUGGCAAGUCAGUAGAAAGACAAAACAAGCUUGAGGAGGCCCUGUUGUUCUCGGGACAGUUUACAGACGCUCUCCAGGCUCUCAUUGACUGGCUGUACAGGGUGGAGCCUCAGCUGGCUGAGGACCAGCCCGUACACGGAGACAUAGACCUGGUCCUCAACCUGAUAGACACCCACAAGGUAUUCCAGAAGGAGUUGGGAAAGAGGACGGUCAGCGUUCAGGCCCUGAAACGUUCAGCCAGGGAUCUGACGGACAUCAGCCACGAUGACUCGUCCUGGGUGAAGGUGCAGAUGCAGGAGCUGAGCACCCGCUGGGAGACGGUGUGCAGCCUGUCGGUGUCCAAGCAGGCGCGGCUGGAGCAGGCGCUGUGCCAGGCUGAGGAGUUUCACUCCACCGUUCACAUCCUGCUGGAGUGGCUGGCCGAGGCCGAGCAGAGUCUGCGUUUCCAUGGCAGCCUGCCUGAUGACGAGGAGGCGCUGCAGACGCUUAUCGAACAACACAAGGAGUUCAUCAAGAAACUUGAGGAGAAACGAGUGGCUCUAAAUAAAGCAACCAGUCUGGGGGAAGCUAUUCUGAUCAUCUGCCAUCCAGACUCUAUCACAACCAUCAAACACUGGAACACCAUCAUUAAAGCUCGUCUUGAAGAGGUGCAGGCGUGGGCGCGGCAGCACCAGAAGCGGCUGGCUACGGCUCUCUCUGAGCUGUUAGCCACUCAGGAGCUGCUGGAGAAUCUGCUGACCUGGCUCCAGUGGGCCGAGACCAACCUCAACGAUAAGGACAAGGAGCUGCUGCCACAGGAGCUGGAGGAGGUCAAAGGCCUCAUAGCAGAACACCAGGCAUUCAUGGAGGAAAUGACCAGGAAGCAACCAGAUGUUGACAAAAUCACCAAGACACACAAAAGGAAGGCUGCUGUGGAGCCCCCUGUCCAGUCUCACAUCCCUGUGCUUGACAAAGGAAGAACUGGAAGAAAACGCUCUCCCACACAGACGAUGUAUGCGUCAGCAACGCAGCCUCCCAUUGAGACCAAGAACCCGCGGGUCAACCUGCUGGUCACUAAGUGGCAGCACGUGUGGCUGCUGGCUUUGGACAGGAGGAGGAAACUCAACGAUGCCUUGGACCGACUGGAGGAGUUGAAGGAAUUUGCCAACUUCGACUUUGACGUGUGGCGGAAGCGCUACAUGCGCUGGAUGAACCACAAGAAGUCUCGUGUCAUGGACUUCUUCCGCCGCAUCGACAAGGAUCAAGAUGGCAAAGUGACCCGACAGGAGUUUAUAGAGGGCAUCCUGUCCUCCAAAUUCCCCACCAGUCGUCUGGAGAUGAGCGCAGUGGCAGACAUAUUCGACAGAGAUGGUGAUGGAUACAUUGACUACUAUGAGUUUGUGGCAGCUCUUCAUCCCAACAAGGAUGCUUACAAACCGCUAACAGAUGCUGACAAAAUUGAAGAUGAGGUUACAAGACAAGUGGCAAAGUGUAAAUGUACAAAACGAUUCCAAGUGGAGCAAAUUGGCGCCAACAAAUAUCGGUUCUACCUUGGAAACCAGUUUGGUCAGGUCCAAUGCUUACAUGACUCCUUACUCGGCGACGAGACAUUAGCAAACAGGGAAAAUCAAAAUCUUACCCCCCACCUACCUGUUGCAGUUUUGGAAAGCUGUAUUCUGUUUGGAGACUCUCAGCAGCUCCGGCUCGUAAGGAUUUUACGCAGCACUGUGAUGGUGCGUGUGGGAGGAGGCUGGAUGGCUCUGGAUGAGUUCCUGGUGAAGAACGACCCCUGUCGAGUUCAUCACCACGGGAGCAAAAUGUUGCGCUCGGAGUCAAACUCUUCAAUUACUCAGUCACCUAUAGGUUGGCAAAUCUCACAAUAUCUCACCUUGCUCCAUGAACCCACCAGUGCUAAAGGCAGAACCAACAUGGAGCUGCGAGAGAAGUUCAUCCUGCCGGAGGGAACCACUCAGGUGAUGGCGAGCUUCCGCUAUCGAGGCCGGAGGUCUCGGCCAUCAUCCAGAGCAGCGUCCCCCAACAGAUCCUGCUCCAGCCAGAGCUGUGCGGUCCCCCCCUGCCCAGCGGUGACCAGCACACCCAAGACUCCCCAACACAUAUCCCGCAAUUAUGAUAAGCCCUGGCUUACAAACAGCAAACCAUCCUCUCCUCUUAAAUCAUCAGACUCCUUUGAGAGCCAAGGUUCAUCCUCAGAGAGUACACCUGUUCAAGGCAGCAAAUUGCGUCUUCCUGGGUACUUGUCAGGCAAAGGAUUUCAGAGUGGUGAGGAGGGAACGCUCAUCAGCGCUGCUGUACUGAAAGCUCGAGGACAGACAAUAGGUGAGAGAAGAAAUUCUAGCCGUCCUGGAAGUAAGGCUGGAAGCAGAGGGAGCAGUCGCAGAGGAAGUGACGCCUCUGACUUUGACAUCUCAGACAUCCAGUCUGUGUGCUCGGACGCGUCUGAGACUGUCGGUGAAUCGACCCGAGGGACGCCUCGCUCUGCGUCCCAUCAAAAAGGAGGGAAACCAUCCAAGAUCCCCACUCCUCAGAGAAGAACCACUCCCACGAGCAAACUGGCUAAGGGAUCCAAGCGAUAGUCAGUGGCCUUCAACCCAAACAACCCAGGAGCUAGUUGCACCCUAAACACGUAACGGACACUGGAGAUAACUUAAAAGACUGCAAAUGUGUUGAGUGUUAUUUAAAUUGCUGCGAAGAUGUAAAAUAUUCUGUUGAGAGGUAAUAUGGUUUAAUAUGAUGUGAGAAUGGAAUGUUAAUGGCCUUGUGAAUUUGUUUUUUAAUGUAUUUUAUUUUUUGUGAAAUAUGUGAAAUUGUUUUUAUUGUAUUUUUUAUUUUAUUAAUGCAAAAACCUGUAGAGGUUUGAUGAACACUAGAAUAUCUGGUAAUGACUACGUUAUACGGUUAGUUAACAUUUCUAAACACACUAAUGAAGGGCAACAUGAGAGUUACUGAAUGUACUGUAAUUUAUGUUUGCUGAUGUUUGGAGUAGAAGGUGCAUUAUGGUACCAUUUCAGGCACUGCAAUUAUUAUUAAGUGCUAUGAUAAACUGCCAACAUGCAUUUAAAGGGCAAUGCAAUAUAUUACAUAAACCCCAGUAAGCACUGCAGAAACCUUUGAAACAACACUAUGUAAGGCAAGUAGCAGAAACCUCAUAAUCAUGAAGCUUUUAAGUCCUGUUUGUUUGUGAGCAGCUGCAAUCCCUGUUUAGUUCGACCACUUCACAGCGGCUUGUGCGCUGACCUUGAAGAGGUGCCACUCCAUGUAGACAUUCUCUUGUGCAUCCAUGUCUAUGUAUGGUAUAUUUCGGUAGAGCUGAAAUUGUCACUGUAUCAUUACUUUGUAAUAAACCUGCUUGCAGAACGUCACCAGAGGCUGGUGUGGACCGAAGAA